GUAUGAUUGGCAUAUUGGUGUAUCGUUGUUUGUUAUCAAUAUCAUCAUCAUCGCUUGAUCGUAGAGGAAGUCGAUCUACUGUCUUCAAAUUUUAGAAGACGACCAUGGCAGCACUUUUAGUUCUUCUAGCUGCCCUAUGCCUCAUAAGUGGAGUCCAAUCACAACCAGACAGUGAUGUCUGCACCUUACAUGGACCAACCGUUGGACCCCCUCUCCCAGUCCUACCAGAAAAAUAUAUGCUAAAGGUUGAGGCUAAUAUCCAAGGAUGGAAUCAUACGAUUGAAGUGAUAGAGUUCUAUGAUGGAGUCAGUAAUCGUGGAGCAGUAAACAACAUAUGGAAAGGCGCAGUUUCACAAACUGUUGUUAGUUACACAACGGAGGAGAUAUUCCAUGUUGGUUCAGAUGGAAGUUGCAGGGUAGAGAAAGUCACUGCGAGCAGUUUCAACAUCUAUGGCUUCCAGAUAGUCAACGGCACAGCUCACAUUGGUAACAUUAAUGAUAUAUUCCGCUUUGGCGCCCAGUAUAAUGAGACCUACAUGGGACAGACGACCAUUAGAGGUAUACCAGCUAACCAUUGGCAGAGUUGUCUGUACCAGGAGGAACAAGGAAGUACAUCAUUGUUGGAUUACUACUUCACUGUAGCUAACUACUCUGGUGCAUAUGGUGAUAGGGAGGUACCGUUAAGAUUGGAGCUAAACGGCAGAGCUCCUAAUCGGGAGUUUAUACAUGGGAAAGUUGUUCCUUCGAAUGGAACCCAUAACUACAGCCAUGUAUAUGAAUUCUUUGAUGUGCAGUACCAUCCAGAAUUUCCUGACCGUUCAUUUGAGCCUCAUCUUGGAGUGGUCUGUCCAGGUCGUAAAAGCCCCAAACCAUUCCCAGUUAUUCCUGAUCACUUCAGUGUAAACUACGAAAUGGUAUCGACAGAACGCCACAACGUCUUUUAUGCAAGACAAGCUUACAACUAUAAGUCUAAGAUGAGUGCCACUUACUACACUCUACUGAUCUCUGGAACUCCAACAAAAUUCCACUCUCUGGAUGAUUUCAAUACAGGACUGACUUACCAAAUCAAUUUGAACAAUGGAUCCUGCAACAUCACUCCAAUUGGCCUGGCAGGGGGAGAUGCCUCAUUGGCUCCUGAUAAUGUCCAUGUUCAGAUUAAAGAUGUUGCUAACUUAUUGUAUUUGGGUAUAGACGAUUGGCAGUAUCAGGGUUUGACGAAACUGCGAGAAAUUGAUACAGAAUCUUGGAUUGCAAAGAAACUCAAUUAUAGUUCAGGAAACAGACCAAUUUCCAACAUUACAGUGGAGUUCUUCUUUUCAACAGCAACCUGGAAUACUGAGGGCGGUUUACAGAAUACUUCCAACAUGCCCGUCAUGGCCAAAUAUCAAUGGAGUGAAAAGAAGAAUGGGACAGAAGAAAUGGUCAACCACAACUACAUCAUAAAUUUUUUCCACUUUGAGGCGAACAACAUAAGUACUUCUCACUUUGAUCUUUCACCAUGCUUUUCUGACGACAAUAGCGAAGAGUUGGCGUUCGACAUUGCCAACAAAGGAGCUUACAGUCAAUACAUUUUGAAUAACACCAUAGAGUUUUACCAUGGAGCACAGUACAGUAUCGCUAAAGCAGCUGCAGUUACACCAACCAGAGUUGCGUCUCUGUUUGCGGCCAAAGGCUCAGAUGGUGUUACUACUGUAUUCUUCCAGCUGCUUGGAAUUCCUUGGGUCAAAGGAAACGCUGUAAACACGACAUCUCAGACACCAUUGGACGAAGCGUAUAUGAACUUGGAAGACGCUGUUAACAGUGGGCAGCUACGUUUGGAUUUUAAGCACAAAGGAGAGGAUGUUUAUGUUUCACCUCAAUCCAAUUCACUGAGGACCGAGUUUACUUUCGAUGAGCCAGAUGAUGAGGCUUCAAGUUUUAGUGUGGGGACUUUUAUUGGAUUUGGAUUUGGAAUGUUUAUCCUCGGUGGGUUACUCUGUGCCGGAAUCGUGUUCGUCAUUCGUAAGAAGAUGGUAGAGCCCUCCGUACCUUACAAUGUGCAGUCUUAAAGUCUUACCAUCAUCCAAGCAAAGAUGCCUGCCUUAAAUUUGUGUUUUUGAUUGUUUUAAUUUUGUUUAAGGCAAUGGACACUAUUGGUAAUUACUCAAAAUAAUUGU